GCGUCGGUGCCGCAGCAGAGGCCGGGCGCGGUCCCGGCCCGCCCGAUGCUGCGCUGGCUGAUCGGCGGCGGCCGGGAGCCGCAGGGCUUGGCGGAGAAAUCCUCUGUACAGACAAUUGGUGAAGAACAGAUACAGAAUCCUUACACAGAGCUCCUCGUUCUGAAAGGCCAUCAAGAUAUAGUACGAUUCCUAGUGCAAAUAGAUGAUUGCAGGUUUGCAUCUGCAGGAGAUGAUGGAAUCAUAUUUCUGUGGAAUGCUCAGACUGGAGAAAAACUAUACGAACUUCAUGGGCACACACACAAAAUUACAGCUAUAGCACCAUUUUCCUCAUCAGAUGUUACUGAAGGAAAAACUGAUUUGAUUAUAACAGCAUCAGCUGAUAAAACAGUUAUUGUUUGGGACUGCGCUAGUGGCCAGCAGGUUCAGAAAGUGUCAUGUUUCCAUUCUACUGUAAAGUGUUUGACAGUUCUUCAAAGACUGAAUGUAUGGUUGUCUGGAGGGAGUGAUCUAUGUGUUUGGAACCGAAAAUUAGAUCUCUUGUGUAAGACCAGUCAUCUUACUGAUGCAGGCAUCAGUGCUUUGGUUGAAUUGCCCAAAAAUUGUGUUGCAGCAGCAGUUGGCAAAGAGCUAAUAAUUUUUAGGUUGAGUGCUUCUAACAAUGGGUCUGAAGGUUGGAAUAUCCUUGAACUAAAGCGCCUUGUUGACCAUCAGGAUAACAUUUCCUCAUUAGUCAGUGUCAAUGAUUUGACUUUUGUGACAGGUUCUCACAUGGGUGAGUUAAUAGUUUGGGAUGCACUUGACUGGACAAAGCAGGCAUCCGAGUGCAACUUCUGGGACUCCUCUGUCCAUCCAGAUGUACAGCCAGAAAUAAAGUUAUCCCAAAGCCCACAUGAAACUUCAGUUCAACACUUAACAUCUGAUGAGGAGUGUGUGUUUGCUGCUGUUGGGAAAGGCAUAUACGUAUAUAAUCUUCAAAUGAAGCGUGUGAUUGCCUGCCAGAGAACUGCUCAUGAUUCCUCUGUGCUGCACAUUGAGAAGCUUCCAAACAGGCAGCUGAUCUCCUGUUCAGAAGAUGGCAGUGUGCGCAUUUGGGAACUCAGAGAAAAGCAGCAGCUGCCAGCUGAACCAGUUCCUACAGGGUUUUUCAACAUGUGGGGAUUUGGAAGGGCAAACAAGCAGGCAAACCAAGCUGCUAAGAAGAUGCAUGACAAUACACCUGUGUAUUUCUUGGAGCUGGUUGGUGAUUUGAUUGGUCAUUCAUCAGCUGUGCAGAUGUUCCUGUACUUUGGUGAACUGGGAUUGGCUACAUGCUCUGCUGACCACCUCAUUAUUUUGUGGAAGGAUGGUGAACGAGAAUCUAGCCUCCGCAGUUUAACACUAUUUAAAAAAUUGGCACAAAAUGGUGAUUUGCAGCUCAAACUUUAAAUUGUUUGAAUAUAAGCUGCAUAUAUGUAAACUCUAUAUGUGUUAAACACAAGUGUAAAGGUACGUCUGAGCUACUGGGAAUCUGACUACUAGUAAGGUUUACACUUAAUGUCAUGCAUUAUAUCGGAACUUCUCUUAGUUGCUGCUCUUCUCAGAAGAGGAUUUUGCAUUUUGGUAUGCUCUGUCAGCAGAAAUGGUGUUCUCUUGAAAGACUGAAGGUAAUGAUGACUCAUUAUAGCUUCUAAUAUUAUUCUGAAUGUUUAAAAUUAUCAUGGGUGAGUGUCAAAAUUGAGAAUUGUGAAAUAUUUUCAAUGAAUCAUAAUUAAAGCAGUUGAGGGCAUCCACAGUGCUACAUACAGGAAGAAGGAAGAAGGCAUGGGAAGAAAUCUGCAGCUUCCUGCUUUAUUUAAUUUAUUUCUAGAAGCUGAACUUUCCUCACUGAUGGCUCAGAUUUGUGUGUAUACAGAAAACUGUGAAAGAAAGCAUUCUCAAAUAGGAAUUUUGCAUUUGAAGUUAAUAUUCUGCACCAAUGGUAAGAAAAAGAAAAAAAAAGGUAGGUAGUGCCAGUUUAUCAGGUUCUAAUUUUUGGCAAACUGAGGUACAUAGAAACUGUUUACUAGUAGUAGUUGCAGUUAUACUUGGAUUAGCCUACAUUACUGGAGUUUAUACAGCACAGUUACUAAGUCUAGCAUGCAGUGUAAUUAGUUUAGCUUGGCCUUUCCAUAAUGCAUUCAUCAAAUUAAUUUCUAUCUAAUAAAAAGCAUUUGCCUUACCAUGAAUUUUCAGAAUGUAAAAUACUUUCUUAAGCAGUAGGAGUUGAUCUGUUCAAUAGUAGUGAAACUGUGUUUUGCCAUAUGAAUACUAAAUUCUCAGCUGAAGUCUGACUUCAGAGACAUCUGCACCAAGUUUGUAAGGGAGAUAGUAUUCCAGAGUUAAAAAAUAAGUAUCUAAGUACACAGGUGCUAAGAGUUUUGAGAUAGCAGUAGCUAAACAGGAGUAGGGAAAGAAAUAAAAACUAAAACAUAAAGCUCAAACAACAGCAACAAAAACACAAAAGCAAAAAACUAAUCAACCAGACAAACAAGCAAAUAAUCCCACUACCCUCCCAACAACAACAACAAACCAGAAAAUGAAGCAAAAUUAAACCCAAAACUAAUACAAAGAAAGUGUGAGGGAGGACAAGUUAAUGAGUGGUACAUUCCCAUUUGAACAGAGAAGAGCUAGGGAAAAGGGAAAGUUUGGGAACUUAGUGGUCAUAAAACUAGGUAGAAGAGAGUGCUGCUAUCCUCAGGUCUACUCAGAAGAUACAGCACUUAAAUGGUGUAGGAAUAAGUCUUGUGCAACUUUUCAGUGCCGUCUCUUCCCUCUGAAUCAAUGAGGAUUGUUUUCAGGACAGGAAACUACAUGGCUGUAAUUCCAGACUUCAGAUACAGUGGCUGCAGUAAGUGCGAUUAGAACAAAGGGCUAAGCAGAUUCUUGCAAGAGUAGGAGCAAAAGGAGAAAGUUCCUAGCUUCCUAGAAGAAACCAAAGAGCGUUUUAGACUUGUAUGCCCCAGCAGCAGUGGGCACUUGCCUUUCUCCUACCACUCAGAAGCCCAGCUUUGCCUUUUGAGUCUUAUUGUGAAACCAUAGUCUUCUCUGGAAAGCAGGGCAGAGGGGCAGUAAGAUUUUGAGUUGUAAUUUUUCCCUGCCUAGUCAAGUUGUAUGGCUAAUCUUACUUGAGUAUAGAGCUCAAAAUAACAUAUUUAAAACCCACAAAACAGAUGGAGGAAUUGUUAAAUUACCCUCUCCUUUCAAUUCUGGGAGGUUAAAUCAGUGUUAAAGCUUGGCCUACAUGUUCUUUGCUAAGGUUGACUAUUCUGUUGACCCUUGUAGGAAAGGCAUUUGGAUUGCAGCUGAGGAUAACAUGCCUUUGGGUGUAUGGUAUUAAACUUGCAAGAGGAAGCAUGUAAAGUCUGCAUUGCUUCAGCUUCCCUUCAUCAGCAGAUGUUGCAUUUUUGGCUUGCCCAGGAGGAGCUGGGGAGAUAAAACCUUUCUUUGGAUCUUUUUUCCUUGUUUUAAUUCCUCAAUAACUAUUUGGUUGUAUAUAAUGCUUGUGUGUACACAUUGUUAUGACAUCUUUACAGUGAAAGCUUAUAAGACUUAGGUUUUUUGGAGAGUGUCCUGCUGUCUUCAGCUAUACGUAGAGAGAAGGAAGAUCAUAUGUUUUUAUCUCUUCUUAUAUCAUGAGAACAACUAUUUCCUUUUUAUGUGACUACUUUUAAAUGAAUACCUAGUAGAGAAACAGACUUACUUAACUGAAGAGUUCUAAUCACACAACUCACUGUGCAGCUUUAAAUAGUCCUAUAUGCAUGUAUAAAUAUUUAUCAAAAGUGCCGUUGUUCUCAUAUAUGCUCCAUUGGCAGUAGAUCUUUCUAGAGUCUCUUCUUUUAAAGAUGGUUGACUUAACAGCACUGAGUUCUUUGUUUUACAGAUGAACUUAGAGUCUAACAGAGAACAUAGGCAUAUAUCCCACUCCUUUGUUAAAUGAGAGUUUGUCACCUGCUGUUGGGAGAUGCAGUGAGCAGAAUUAUGGUGACCAGAUGAGACUUUUUACAUCUGACUGACGUCCUAAAUUUUUUUCCGCCUUACAGUAACGUUGAAUUCCAUAUGUUCACACUAUGGAAGUAAAUAUCAGACCUACUCUUAACACUUUUAUGACUCUGAGGUGGCUGUUUUACAUCUGUGUACUGACAACAGCAUGAAACAAGCGGUUGUUAGUACACUGAAGUAGUCUAGGAGAUCUGAUACAAUUGGCAGAUGAUGAUUAAUCUGUGCUGGUUUAUUUUGCUAUUAAAGAGGACCUGUAUCCACACAAAUAGCUUUUUUGGGGCGGUGUGGUUUUUUUUUUGCGGUGUGGGUUGUUUUGUUUUUUGUGUUUUGUUUUGUUUUGUUUUUUUGUUUGUUUUGGUUUUUUGUUUGUUUGUUUUUUUGUUUGUUUGUUUGGGGUUUUUUUGUUGUUUGUUUGGUUUUUUGUACAGACUGACUGUGGGAAGAAACACAAGAUCCUGCAACAAAUAAUACUGAUUCUGUCUUAAUACCUUGGCCUCAGUUCUGGUUCACAAGUUGAACUUUAUUUUUUUGAUGCUUUCCACUGUUGACAUUUUGUUCUGUGUGACAGAAGUGUGACAAAAAUUAUGAAUUAAAUGUUCUACAUGGAUGUUGUCUUACAAUGUUGCUAUAUUUAACAAAUUAAAUUAACAAAGCUUAAA